AUGAGCAAAAACGAAAGAAAUCAUUCAAAUGGGUAUGUAGACAUUUAUCCAGCAUUUCUCAGCCAACUGCACUACAUAUUACCAUUGGAGCGACGUGUUCUCAGCUCGGCUAUGGCCUGUCUGGAAGUUGGUUUGGUUCAUGACGGAAAUAGGUGGUGGACCGUCGAUCAGGCAAUCGAAUUCUAUGGAUUUCUUGGGCACCAAGUGAAGGAGUUCGUGCAGCUCGAGACUGUCAAGAUUCCGAAAGCUUUGAGACCGAAGGGUAAUUCAUCGGUGGUUGUUCACACGCAGUCUUCAGGAGGGCCGGCGGUAAAGGAUGGGCAAAUUUCCAAGUGCCAUUUGAAGAGUGUGGAAAAAAGGAAACUCCGAAGUUUGCAGCGAGCGACAGAGAAAAAGCUCGACGACCCAAGUAUGGAAUAG